UAUGGGGCCAAGUUUGUACAAAUACAGAACACUUACACCUGCCACAAGGGUACAAUGUUGAUGGCUCUAGGGUCGUCCUCUGUGAGUUUUAAACCUUCAACCUUUCAGUGAGCAGCUCAGCUCAGCUUUUUUUUUCUCUAGAAAAUCACGUAUCCAAGAGACACCAAGUUGAAUGUCAAAACAAAGAUAUAAUCUGAUGUGACUGUUACAGGCAAAUGAUAUUGAAUAAAUGAUAUCAAUUUGAUCACUUUUGCCAGGCAUGCUCUGAAGAUCUGACUCAGAGUUUUGGUGAAGAUCGGACAAAAUCAGUUUUGCAAUAGUAUAUACUCUUUUCCUUACAUUGAGGCACACUGUCCAUCACAAUGGACAUCAAAUAAAAAAAUUUAUAAAAUGUGUAAUGUGUUAUUAUGACUUGUCUUACUAAUGUCACAUCUCAACUUUUCGUUAAAAUUGUCAAAAAACUGUUUUUGUGUAGUCUACAGAUAUAGACAUAAUAGUUUGAAUUAUGCAAUUUCUUUUGGCCUGUGUCACAUGACACCAUGCUUAAUUUUAAAGGAAGAUUUUCUGUGCAAUGAACAGUGUAUGAUAAGACACUCAUAGCUUUACUUAGCAGCGUCUAAUCUCAUAAUUCGUUGUUGUUUGGGUGGCACCAAAUGACAAAUACCUUUAAAAAACACCGGAGAAAAGUGACGUCCAUUGGAAUAAAUGCAGGGUCUAAAUGGAUUAAAUAAGGUAAGUUCUUUACUCUUGCAAUAUUCAGCUUUUAAUGACACUGAGUAAUAUUUGCACACACCUAAUUCAAGUAAACAUACAGUAUAGAAACCUAUCUGUAUAAAUGCAGAGAGAAAUAGUUGGGACUGAAACAUUGUUCUGUCCAGGUUGGUACAGGUAAAAAAGUCAACAUCUCAUGUUUUAAUGCCCUGACACAAUGGAGCUCCUGCUAAAAAUCCAAUACAAUUUAAGCAUUAGCAACGAUUAUUAUACAGUAAAUAUGAUGUGAGGCUUUUAUGUAAGGCCCAAUUAUGCUAUAGAUCAGAAAUACACAAGUCCUCUUUAUCUUUCUAUUUAUUAGCAAACAUAUACAUUUACAUUUAUGCAUUUGGCAGACGCUUUUAUCCAAAGCAACUUACAGAGCCAAUCCCCCUGGAGCAAACUGGAAUUAAGUACCUUACUCAAGGACACAAUGGUGUUUGUGGGGAUCAAACCAGUGACUGCCUGAUUACCAGUUUACCAGUUAUGUGGUUUAGACCACUACACCAUCACCACUCCUAGUGUCCAAUACUGGUCCAAUACUGGUAUACAAUGUAUUAAAUGGACAGCUCAAAUGACAAUAAACAAUUAUAAUUGUAAAAGCCCUGAAACAGACAAUUGAUCAUCAUCAUCAUCACAAUCAUUUUUUGACAACUAAUCAUCAGCCAAAUUUUAUAAUCAUGAUAGCCCUAAUAUUACUUAAAAUUAAAACUUUUGUGAUCACGUGAGACAAAUGUUUAAAUGCUGAAUAUUUUAUUUUUGUUUGAGUUCUUUAACCACAAAUGUAAUUCAAUUUAUAUAAAGAUUCUUGCUAUCACAUAAUUAAACUACUUGCUAUUGGAUCUGCUAUUGUAAAUUGUAUUAUUAUCAUCGAAUGAUAUCAUGUUUUGUUAACCUACAGUUUUAUAGAAAACAUUUAAAGAUGGUAGGUCAAGAACAUAAUGGAGAGGUCUAAUCGCCUCUGAAUCAAAGUAUAAACGUUAUCUUAGCUCUGUGGUAUAUUCUGUGUCUUGGCAUGUGUUGUAUCUCAUUGAUUGUUUUCUUUCAGAUGAAGAGUCGCUUGAAAUGGACUGGCUUUGCAAUCACAUCAAGUUCAGGUUACAAAACGCAAUACCGUUUUCCAGGACGCUAAUAAACUGCUCCUAAAGGAACACGCUAAUUGGGUUAAUCUGAAGGAGUUUUCCCGUAAAAAUGCUGCCAAUUCCCUGUCUGUUGCCAACAUGGUCAUGGGAAUGGCCUCAAUCCUCUGCAGUCUCAAUGGCCAUCACUAUGCCGCGUGCUGGCUAGUUCUGAUCGGUUACCUGCUGGAUUUGGCUGAUGGAGCAGUUGCUAGGCAACUGAAUGCAUGCUCUGCACUGGGUGCAAAGUUGGAUGAUUUUGCUGAUUUUACAACAUUUGGAAUCGCAACAUCCCUACUCUUAAGGACACCCAGUUUGCUGGAUAAUAUCCUGUGCAUGUUCUACGUGCUAUCUGUCUUUGUUCGUCUCUGCUUCUUCACUAGUGGAAUCCCCUUCAUGUACCGUGGCCUUCCAUGCAUCUACUCCUCUGCCAUCCUAGCCUGUGUCUCUCUGCUGACUGGAGGAAAUAUGACAGUACUGAGAAUUAUAGCUCUGGCCAUGAUUCUUUUCAUGGUCAGCCAGACCUUCUACCCACAUGAUAGAGUUCUGGAGUCUCAGGCCUGGAAGAAAGGGGUCUACAUUGGAGGAAUUGCCAUGGUGUUUUGCUCUUCCUUCCCUCCAGCAUGCGUGUACUACCUGUUGUGGUCAGUUUCCUACAUAUUGUUUCCAACAGCCUUGUGGAGCUGCAAAAUGUGAAAGUUUAAUUGCCUAAGAGGCCAUUUCAUAAAGGCUAACUCUGCAGGUUUGAAGAGGAUCCAUGAAGUUUGUUGGAAAAUACCCUGCUGCUUCAUGUGAACCAAUUAGGAAAUUCUGAUUUUUUUUUUUUACCAUUUUUAAUUUGAGGUGAUGAACAUAAACUGAUUAAAUCUACGUUGUCUAGAACUGACAUCUUGAUUGCUGCUAAAUAGCUGCAUUUGUUUCAGUGUUAGGGAUGAGAAAUCCUCCUUGCCUCUGUUACACAUCUUGUUAUAUGUUUGAAUGAUCGAAGCAUCAAAUAUUAUUGCACAGUUUAGGUGUACUUAAUGCACAUAAACUGAAAAAUUAAGAGGCAAGAAGAAGGUGAGAUAUCAUCAAAUUUGCUGUGGAAUUUAUAUUUGUAGAAUUGCUGAUUUUUGGUUAUUGUUAAAGUAGUUCAGAACAAGUUUUUAAUGUAUAUCUAAUGCAUCAACUGAUAUUUCCAUUUGGUGGAUAACUGAUAAAAAGCAAAUUUUUUGAAGAACAGUAAUAUAUAGGAAUAAUCAGUGUGGGAAUAUUCAAAACUCAGCUCUCAAUCAUAUUACAAAUGUCUUGCUUUAUUUUGAUAAAAUUAUAUUGCCCUUUAAAUUAAUUCUGAUUCUAACGAAGGGAAUUGUGUCCUCCUGAUCUUUGUAAUUACACAUAAAACCAUGACUAUCAUCAUUUAUUUUAUCUAGUGACUGGUUCAUUUGUGAUUACUGUAUGUCCCAUAUUUUAAGGUAGGCCUUCAAAACAAAUGCAAGGCAACAAUUACAAAAAUAUGGCAGUUUAAUUUGACAAGUGAGCAUCCCCCUAGCAUUAUGCUGGAGUACAUCUGUGCAUGUUGGUCUCUGUUUUAAGGGGCCUUGCUUCCUCACUCACAGUUACUGUAUCUUUAAUGACAGUAAUUGCUUAUGUUUAGCGAGUGAUCUUCCAUUGGAUUUGCCAUGUACCGUGUACAGGUUCAGUGGGAGAUUGUUACCCUGCAACAGGGCCGUAGUAAGGAAUUCUGGGCCCCCCUGACUUAUAUUGCUCUGGGCCCCUUUCAUAUUAAAACAUACAGUUUAAAAUUUGUUGUGGGCCCCCCUGGACCUGUGGGCCCCUAGAAUCAUUUCCACCUUUCACCCCAUUAACUACGGCUCUGCCCUGCAACAUAAAUGUAUUAGGGCCUUGUUUUGUGUUCUGUGCACCACUUAUGGUUACCUUUUAUUAAAAUGUAGUGGUGUUAAAAAUAAAAU